GUGCUGCUGGUGUAUUAGUAGGGCAUCCAUUUGACACUGUUAAGAUGACAGAUAAGCCUCAUCACGGGAGAGUUACCUAGUGCGCCUUCAAGUUCAGAAUGUGGAGAAGCCACUGUACCGGGGGACCUUGCACUGUUUCCAGUCUAUCAUAAAGCAAGAAUCGGCCCUUGGACUUUACAAAGGUAUUGGUUCACCUAUGAUGGGACUUACCUUCAUUAACGCCCUUGUGUUUGGCGUUCAAGGGAACACGCUCCGUGCUCUUGGAAAGGACACCCCGCUCAACCAGUUCCUCGCAGGUUCGGCAGCGGGCGCCAUUCAGUGCGUCAUCUGCUGCCCCAUGGAGCUGGCGAAGACGCGGAUGCAGCUGCAGGGCACGGGCGAAUACAAGCUGAAGUCCAAGAACUACAAAAACUCUCUGGACUGCUUGGUAAAGAUCUACCACAAGGAAGGUCUGAAGGGGAUCAACCGGGGCAUGGUUUCCACAUUCCUGAGAGAGACGCCCAGCUUUGGUUUCUACUUCUUGACCUAUGACUGCUUAACCAGAUACUUCAGGUGCGAGGCAGAGGACAGUUACAUCAUCCCCAAGCUCCUCUUGGCCGGAGGUAUGUCUGGGAUUGUCUCCUGGCUCUCGACGUACCCUGUGGACGUGAUCAAAUCCCGCCUCCAGGCGGAUGGCGUUGGCGGUGUUGUGCGAUACCAGGGCAUCCUGGACUGUGUUAGGAAAAGCUACCAUGACGAAGGCUGGAGGGUCUUCACAAGGGGACUUACGUCCACCCUACUCCGGGCUUUCCCUGUUAAUGCAGCUACUUUUGCCACUGUUACAGUGUUCCUGAUGUAUAUGAGGUCAGAAGACAACCCGAUCAGAGGUGAUUUAAGCGCUUGCGAGGCUGGUCCAGCGAUCCAGCAGCCUUCAAGUUUUUAGAUUAAUCAAAUGCAUCUGUUACAUAUUUGAGAUACAAACCGACCUUUUAAAAACACACACACACACGCACACCAAAAAUAAUCUGUACAUAGAAACGAUCAAUUUCUUGUCUGUAUAAAAUCUCUUUUUAAUGACUGAGGAUUUCACCUCCUUUAAAAAAGCAGUUUAUUGCCUUGUUAGGAGACCCAUCCUACCAAUUUAGGUAAUAAAAGGACUUGCUGUCCUAGAAACAUGUUCUCAAUGGA